AUGGCGCCUCCAGCAGGGCACCUGCUGCUCCCUAAACUUUGGAGAGUAGCAAGGUUUGCCUACGCGAAGGCCUCCAAGGCUAUACGUUCCAAACUACCAGAGCCUACACCGUAUCAUCCGGUGCGGUAUCAACCCGCCUAUGCUCGAAUCAAUCCUAGCCAGCCAAUCAGCCGUGCCGCUGCCAUCCGUCAAGCCCGCAGUCGCCACUUCUCGACCCGUGCUGCCGGCGCCUUCGCCUCUGCGAUUCGAUCCGGACUAGGAGCCGACAACACUGCACGUACCACCUCUCGCAUUUCGUCUAAUAUCAGUCGACUCAGUGGCCGUGCACCAUUCGCUUCUACUCUUCGUCCCAAUCUCACCGGUGGUACCCUUGGCCGGACUGCAGGAGGAUACGCUGCUGGAGCUGGCCGUUUUGGCGGAGCUAGAUACUUUUCCCACGGGCCUGCAGCACCAGCACAAGUUAUUCAAAAUGUGUCGCAGGGCGUCCGUGCGUUUUUCCUGUCUGGGCAGAAAGUCCGCUUCGAUGGCAUUGACCCCCACACUGGAGAGAAGCGGUAUAAGUCAGUCAGCGCGCUACAAGAUCAGGCGGAGCGAAAGAUGAAUGCCAACCAGCACAGCGCACCUGGCUCGUACGUUGACUUCCAAGUUUCCCCGACCAUCACUGCACUCAGUGCUGGUGGUCUCGGCAAGCAGGACCGCUCCGUCUCGUGCGACUCUCUGAACUCCGAGGGUCUCAUGGAUCUUCUUUCUGCCGAUUUUGCCCGUGCUUUGAAGGAUUUCUCCGCAGUCAUGAACGACCUCAAGCGUCUCUCAUCACUUGGUGAUCUUCCGAUAUCCCUUCACGACCGAUCAACCAUACGGGUCCGCUUCCCAGGUUGCGAUGCAGAAACUGUAGAGCAGCUGUGCUGUGAAGCUGGGAUUCAGCGAGGCCUAGUCGUGCAAGAUGAAGACUUCGAUGUUCGCACUGGCGCUGAUUUGGCUCUCUUGUUCCCUUUCGCACCUAGCAUGGCCACUUCCUCCGACACUGACUAUUACUUCGAGAAAGUCCCAAAGUCACAAACACAGUAUCCGGCGGAUCUUGACUGGCAAGGCAUGAUGACACCGGAAAGCUGCACGACAUCAUCGCCAGCUGGCAGUCGAGAUUCGGGAAAUGCCAUCAGUUUUGAGGACGGUGAACUAUUUGGUGCCAAUCCAUGGAGAUCUUCGACCAAGAGCUACUCCAGUAUUAACAUCAGUGAGCUUGGAGACCAGCCUUUCUUCCCGGAAGUCUCCAGCGUUGGCCCACCUGAAAGUAACUCUGCAUAUGAAGGUGUUGAGGGAAUCUACAAAUUCUUGGCUGAGUGCGAUGAAGCCAAGCGUUGA